AUGAAGUUUGGUGAAUUGCACUAUAGGCGCGGUGUCAUAACCUACAGCAUAUCUCCGUAUGAGGUUAAUGCUUUUAAAGGUUUUUUCACAAAUGGGUUUCCGAACCUUGUAAGGCGCUUCAGGGAGAAAUUUCUUGUGGUUACAACCCCAUUUCUGUGCACCUUCUUGAUUAUACGUUGGGCUAACAAGGAAAAUGCAAAAACAAAGAGGAAGGCUUACAUUGAAGCACAUCACUGA